AUGGAUGUUGACUCUCCGAACCUCAAUCCCCGCAAGCGACUCUCGGGCCUACUUCUGCUUGGGUCAUCCCCGACCAAGGCGCAAGAUCCUCGGCUUGCCGGUGCUGUUAGGCAAUCAGUUGAUUCCCAAUCGUCAACUGCUCAACAGGCACACCUAAACCUCCCCGCAACACCCGCCCUCAUCCAGAAAUCCCCUGCGAAAUCGCUCCCACAGGUGUCUCCACUCUCGAUUCCUAACAGCGCCGCGGGACCUACGUCAAUAGAAAGCCCAAGUGCGCCCAUUCGUCAAGGUGCAUUGUUCAUCUCUGAUUUGGUCAACUCAUUGAUCAAAGUGAACAAGUGCGAGGAAGAGAAAGAGAAACUCCAAAAUGAGAUAGUUUCUAUCACCAAAAACCUACAGAGGGCAAAACAAUCUCAACAAUUUCCGAGCGUCAUCGCUCUCUUCCAGCAGCAGCUGGACGCGGCCAAAAAUGAAUUGGACAUCCACGUCAAAUCGAUCAUGCAGCAUCGAUUACUCUCCAAUCAGGCGCAGGAUAAUUUCAAUUCGACGUUGUCGCAGUACAAGCCUCAAUCCCAGCUUGAAAAGAUACCUGAAAGGGUCGGGAAUCUGGAGUCCACAAUCAAGGAAAUGAGGGAAGGCCUAGGCCCAACCAGCAGCGGCGAUAAUCCAAUGAAAGGAAAUGCCGAAUUCGACAGAGUCCAGACGCACAUGCGAAGCCAGGGCCAAGAUAUCGAUGAACUCAAAAGAAACCUGGACAAAGUGCAGCAUUCCCUAGAGAACCCGAAUGGAUUGGACGAGGUAAUGGGAUACAUGAAUAGGAUUGCGAACUCAGUCUCCCAUCAAAUGAAACGCAAUGGUCAAUUCACGAAUAAAAUCUCAGAACUUGAGGAUGAAGUGAAGGCUGCCGACAAGAAGUUUGAUGACAAGAUCUCCACCGUCGAGAAGAUGGUUGACACCGUCGAGGAAGAAUUGAGAAAUUCCAACCAGAAGCUGGAGACCAAUAUCUCGGAUCUUGGCGGCAAAUUAAAAACUGCGAAUGAACACGCUGAGGGCAAGCUUCGUGACAUUGAAAGCAAUCUCAGGUCGCUCAAUAAUAAACGACAUGAUCUCAACAAUAGCGCGUCGACUCAAAUCUCACAAAUUGAAACUGACCUGGAAACCCAAAGGCAGGAGACCACGGCGCAAAUAACCGCUCAAGAAGAUCACCUGGCCUCACUCAGAACCCAGCAACAGAACAUCGAUAACGGCGGUGGGCCCUCGUCAGAAGCAACACCAACUCCCCACAGCGGGGUGCUUACAAGAAUGGUGUCCCUGGAAAGAAGAGUACAGGAGUACACAACUUUUCUCAACAAGAUUAAGGACCUCCAUCAUGAGGUGGAUGUCGCCCGUCUGGAUGAGUUGAGCGCUUUACGCAGAAACCAAGAGUCGAGCCAGAAAUCACUGGAAACCAAACAGCAUGAAAUUUUGAGAAAGGUGCAGGACCUGACCGCAAACUCCAAGGAAAUGAACACCAAUCAAAAAAUAUUCGCCGUGGGCCUUCACCAACUUAGGACGAGUUUGCCUGAGAGCUUGCAGCGCCUCCAAAACGACCUCAAAAACGGACUAGAUGCAUUUGAAACCCGCCUUACUCCAGUCUCCGACCUUCCUCGGGCUGUAACAAAGUGCGAAAGUAAAAUUGAAUCUCUCUCUAGGGGCAUUCGGUCAUUAGAAACACGGUGGUCCAACAUUACUACUGGUGACUUAGUCAAUUCUAUGGCACAUGCCAUGCAGCAAAUGUACCCCUCUGUUGAUAAACUCAGUCAUCAAUUGACGGCCUACCAGACUGAAAUUGACGGCAGAAUUUCUGCGCUCCAGAGAGAUACAGAGACGUUCAAGGCAGAUACGAAUCGAUUCAAGGCAGAUACAGGAAAUGCCCAGGCCUGCGCAGCAAGGUCUCAAGCAGCACAUGUGUCAUCCGAGCAGCUCCAGACCUUGACUCGGUUGCCGACUUUGCUCCAAGAGGUUAAAGGCCUUUCCGACAAGAUUGCACCGAUUGAGAAAGCAAUCAAGGAGCACAGUGAUGAGUUUCAGAGAAAUCUUCAUCAAUGGAGUGAUUUAUCCAACAGGAUCUCCGCCCAAGACGACACCAUCGGAGGCAUGGAUCAAACGGCCUCUGAGCAGUCUGCACAAUUUGACAACAUCAAUCAGUCCAUAAGAAAGAUCGAUCCAUUCAUCGGUAAGAUUGAUGCUCAUUUCUCGGCACUCGAAUCCGUCCAAAAAGCGAUCGCCGAGUUAAGAAAAGCCGCCGAGGAGAGAGACGCUACCACGAAAAAUGGUCUUGGCAAUAUCUCGAUGAGGCUAGAAAGCCUGGAAGGUCGGAACAAAACCGAAGAUGAAGUUCUCAACGAACUUCGGAAACAGAUGAAAGACUUGGAAGCCCGAAGCACAGCGGAGAAAGCGGAUCUUGGGGUACUCAGGACAAAGCUCAAAGAGUUGGAAGGUCAUAACGCAACCGAAGAGAACGAUUUCGGCAAACUCCGGGAAAAGGUGAAAGCCCUUGAAGAGCGGGAGCCUCCGGUAUCUUUGGAGAAAUUCACUGAGCAGGGGGAUGAGGUGAAGAUGUACAUCAAACGUCUGAGGAAAGCUGAAGAUACUUUCAAGGCGCUUGCAGGGGGAGCAAAGAUUUCCGAUAUUCUUGAUAGACCAAUGGAGGAGCGCAUCGAUGGACAGGAAACUCCUCAAUCACAACCAAACGGCCGUGCUUUUAUUCCAAGACUUACCACAACCCCCAAGACAGUCCCCAUGGGCCCUGCUCUAGGUUCAUAUCAGCCAGUGCAGGUCAACGGGAAGGGUCCGGCCGAAAAUUGCCCACCAAGCGGUUCGAAGUCAAAUCACACUGCGAUGCAGGCUCGACAGCGCUCACAAACGCCCAGUGGACCCAGCUCCGGUCAUCCGUCGCCGUAUCCUGGCAAAUCCGCCGAACCCCGUCAGGUUCAACAUUUGAAAGGGAAGCGACGGGUCUCCUCUGUAAUAGACUCCGAUGACGAAAGAAACACAACCGAAUGCUCUUCGGUAAUUGACUAUUCGCCGGCUCCUAGCUCUUCUGGUCCGUCAUAUUUUGCUUCGGGCUCCAACAGAAAAGACAAGAAGAGGGCAAAGAAGAGGGCGGAGCAGGCAGAAGAUCUGUUUUAUUCUUCAAGCAGACCAGGCAAGAAGCGAAAGCGGAAUAAGCAGGAUGAAUGA